CCCGCUUCUCCUUGAACAUGGCGGCGCUCUUUGUAUCUGUCCUUGUAGGAAAGUGUCGGCCGGGGAUGGUCGCAGGGGCGGCGCGUAGAGAGUUUUGGUCUCGAUUCAGGAAAGCGAAAGAACCAGUGGUGGCUAAGACUGAAGAAGUGAAAAAAGAACCUAUUCUGGUUUGUCCACCUUUACGAAGCCGAGCGUACAUGCCACCUGAAGAUCUCCAGAGUCGUUUGGAAUCUCAUAUUAAAGAAAUUUUUGGUUCAUCUCUUCCCAAUAAUUGGCAAGACAUCUCCCUAGAAGAUUGUCGUAUGAAGUUCAGUCUCUUGGCACAGUUAGCUGAUGACUUGGGCCACGCAGUACCUAACUCCAGGCUUUCGCAAAUGUGCAGCGUCAAAGAUGUUCUUGAUUUCUACAGUGUUCCUGUUCAAGAAAGUUCUAAAUUUGAUGAACUUACUGCUAGUAAUUUGCCUCCCAAUGUGAAAAUCACUUGGGGUUACUAAUCAAUUCAGAAGAUUAACAUAGUGAAAUCAUUUUUGUUUUCCUGAUGAAAAGGCAGCUUAUUACAUCUUCUAGUACUUUACCUGUCAGAAUUGUGUAAAUCCUUUUUUGUAUAGAAAUACCAAAAAAAAAAAAACCUCAUGUUUUUUAACUGUCAUAUCACGAAUCAACAAAGAAAUAACAAGAUUUUCUCAUUUCACAUUUGCCGAAGCUAUAUUUUAUUGGAAUCAAGUUAAAUAAUUUAUAGAAGUUUUUUUGCUUCAGAGACUACCAGUUAAGUUGCUUUUAAGAUAGGAAGGCCUCACAAGUUCAGAUGUUUGUCUUUGUAGAUAUAAAGCAGUAAUUGCAAGAAACUUCAAUCCUGUUGGAACUCGAUGGAUUUAUCAUACAUGUACGUCACAGAUGCAGAUAAAGAAACUUAUAUUAGAUAUUAAUAAAUAAGUCUUUUGAAUAUGA